AUGGCUGCCCGGUCCAUUUGGAUGUUUGUGGUUGCUGCGUACCUUGUGACUUUAGCUUUGCAGGUACAUGGGAAUGAAGAAUCAAAGCUGAUUGCAGAUCAGUUUCGAAGUUACAAUAAGAAUAUCCGACCAGUGAAGAGCCCUGAGGACAAGGUCCAGGUGAUGAUCAAACUCACCCUCACCAACCUCAUCUCGCUGAAUGAAAAAGAAGAAACUCUGACCACGAACGUUUGGAUUGAGAUACAAUGGAACGAUUACCGUCUGGCCUGGGACCCUGAGGAUUAUGACGGCGUCCAGGUGGUUCGCGUGCCUUAUAACAUGGUUUGGAUUCCAGACAUUGUGCUGGAGAACAACAUCGACGGGAAAUUUGAUGUGGCGUAUUACGCCAAUAUUCUCAUUUAUUCGGAUGGUUCCAUGUACUGGCUUCCUCCUGCCAUUUACCGCAGUACCUGCACCAUUGAGAUCUCCUACUUCCCAUUCGACUGGCAAAACUGUACCCUCAUCUUCAGGUCUCAGACAUACAGUGCUAAUGAAGUUGAUCUUAUCUUGGCUGUGGAUGAUGAGACAAAGAAACCAAUUGAGUGGAUAGACAUCGACCCUGAGGCCUUCACUGAGAAUGGUGAAUGGGCUAUCAAACACAGACCAGCACGGAAAGUGACAAACCCACGCUACUCUCCUGAUGAUCUGGAGUAUCAGGAGGUCUAUUUCAACUUAAUCAUCCAGAGAAAACCCCUCUUCUACAUCAUCAAUAUCAUUCUGCCCUGCUCCCUCAUCUCCUCACUGGUCGUACUGGCCUACUUUCUGCCUGCUCAGGCUGGAGGGCAGAAGUUGACAGUGUCCAUUUCCGUCCUUCUGGCUCAGACUGUAUUCCUCUUCCUGAUUGCUCAGAAGAUUCCAGAAACAUCUCUUUCUGUCCCUCUCAUUGGCAAGUACCUGAUCUUUGUCAUGUCAGUGACCACGCUCAUCGUCACCAACUGCAUCAUUGUCCUCAAUUACUCUCUCCGAAGCCCCAGCACACACACCAUGUCACGCUCUAUUAAACAUGUUUUUCUAGAAGCCAUCCCUCGUUUCCUGGGCAUGGCCCCGCUGGUGGAUGAGGGGAACGAGGGAGAGAUGGAUGGAGUGAGAGGGCGGCGACGUAGCUCCUUUGGGUUAAUGCAGCGGGCGGAGGAGUACGUCCUAAAACAGCCACGCAGUGAGAUGCUGUUUGACAAGCAAAAGGAGCGCCACGGUCUCACUCACUCCUUGUUGGAUGAAAUUGACGUGAGCAGCACUGCCACCCUGUACAAGAGUCUGGCCCAGGCAGCUCCAGAGAUUAAGCAAUGUGUGGAUGCCUGUAACUUCAUUGCCGAGAGUACAAGGCAACAAAAUGACAUUGGAUCUGAGGUGGAGAGUUGGGUGUUGAUUGGGAAGAUGAUAGACAAAGUGUGUUUCUGGGUGGCCAUUUUGCUCUUCUCUAUAGGGACAGUGGCUAUUUUCCUCAUGGGGCAUUUUAACAAGGUGCCAGAGUAUCCUUUCCCUGGGGAGUACAAACGCUACAGCCCUGAGUAA